CAAUAACGUUUUUCAGAAUCCGAUGCUGAGCGGCUUCCUGCGACAUUGGACGACUCAUCUGAAGUUGACCGUCAACCGCCGGUCAGACCGUACAAGCCAGAUCGUCCACCUCUAGAUACGAGUUCGCUUUUCCAGCACCACUUCAACACCUUCUUCAGUGCACCGGAAACAAGCUUCUUGGAGGGUGGUUUCCCCGGCUUUGGCUUCUUCGAUCUGCAACACAGCAAACCUUGGUGGAAGGGGGAAAACGUGUGCGUGGAGCGCGAAGAGCAGGAUGAGGAAGUCGACGGCGAAGACAACCACGAGAUUGCCGUAGAUGGCGCAACUUCCAAAGUUUCGGCGUCUUCAACAUGAACUUUGAAUCGUGCGCCGAACGGCAAAACAAACAUGUCUGCACGUCUGUCAAAAACAAUAAUGGACGUAAGCGAACGGUUAAGGUCACUCGUCAAUGCUGCCAUGGCUAUGCCCCGCCCGAGAAAUGGACCGCCAAAUGCUCAGUGCGAGAAAGUGGAUCUUCAUCCGAUUGCGGAAACUGCGGAACGACUCGGAGCGAAGGAGUUUGUCGCCACGUUGAAGAAGAGUGGCUUGGAGUCGAUGUUGGAGAAGGAUCUUACACUGUUUGCGGUGCCAGAUAGUGCUUACAGUCAAUUCACCGAGCAGAUGUGGGAAAAUGUAAGUACUAAUGCUAUUCACAUUUCGCCUUCAGGCUUUCGCGUUGUUAUACUUUGUACAACACCUAUGAUAUAUAUGCUGUCAUUAUAACACAGGUAUUUAUCG